AUGGCGAGAAGGAAAUCGGGAUUUUUCAAACACACCACCCUCAAGGUGCGGGAUGACUCUGUCACGAAAGCGUCGGAACUCUCAGUUCGACAAUCCAUAUUACCCAUCAUUCUCGUCACAACCCUUUACUUUCUCUGGGGCUUCGCCUACGGCCUCCUCGACACCCUGAACAAACACUUCCAAGGCGUGCUGGGCAUCUCUCGCGCCCGCUCCUCUGGUCUUCAAGCAGCCUAUUUCGGCGCCUAUCCGCUGGCCUCCUUGGGCUACGCAAACUGGAUCCUCCGCCACUUCAGCUACAAAGCCGUCUUCAUGUUCGGUCUGACCCUUUAUGGCAUUGGCGGACUCCUCAUGUGGCCCGCCGGCCUCAAGAGAUCCUUUGGCGGAUUCUGCGGCGCUACUUUCAUCAUCGGAUCUGGUCUCGGCAGUUUGGAGACCGCCGCGAACCCAUUCAUCGCAGUCUGCGGCCCACCAAAGUAUUCGGAACUGCGCAUUAACCUGGCACAGUCGUUCAAUGCUGUGGGGACGGUCAUCGGGCCCGUUCUGGGCAGCUACGCCUUCUUCAAGAACACGGGCGAUGACCUGCAGAGUUUGAAGAACGUGCAGUGGGUGUACCUCGCCAUUGCCAUCUUUGUCUUCGUACUUGCGUUCGUGUUUUACGUCUCCCCGAUCCCGGAGGUCACGGACGCGGAUAUGGAACAUCAGGUCACUGUUACCCAUGAUGGGUUGGAGGAGAGGAACAGGAGGCCGUUUUGGAGACAAUAUACCGUCUUCCACGCGGCAUUCUCCCAAUUCUGCUACGUCGGGUCACAGGUGGCUUUGGCAGGAUACGCAAUAAACUACUUCACCGAAAUCGCCCCGAUAUCCAACUCCACCGGCGCGGCCCUCCUCGCCGGCGCACAGGGCUGCUUCGCCCUGGGCCGCUUCUCCGGCUCUCUCCUCAUGCGCUUCAUCCGCCCACGCUACAUCUUCCUGCUCUAUCUCACAGCAGUGAUUGCCUUCUGCUCCGCGGCCAUCACACAACGCAGAAAUACCGGCAUCGCAAUGUUCAUGCUGACCUUGUUUUUCGAAUCCGUGUGUUUCCCGACCAUUGUGGCGCUGGGGAUCAGAGGGCAGGGAAGACAUACCAAGCGUGCCGCCGGGUGGAUUGUCGGGGGCGUGUGCGGCGGCGCCUGCGUUCCGCCCCUGUUGGGCGCGACCGCCGACUGGCGCAACAGCACGCCCUUUGCGCUCGUCGUGCCCGUGUGCUUCUUCAUCGCCAGCUGGACGUACGCCCUGUGCGUCAAUUUCGUGCCCUACUACCGCGUCCCCGCGGAUGCGAUUGGUGGGUCGCAUAUAAGACUUGGGGACCGCGACCGCGACCGCGACCGCGACCACGAGGGCGAGGGCGAGGGCGGGGGCGGAGUGCAUGCGGAUGGGGAUGGGGAUGUGGAGAAAGCGGGCGCCGCCCAGAUUGAGCGCGCCGGGAAGGAGGAUGUGCAGGUGCAUAGGGUGGGAGAGAAAGACUGA